ACGAAAUACGGAGGUCCAGUCGCCGUGUGUGCCGUAGAGGCUGCUGUCGCGGACGGAAGAAUGAAGCUGCUAGCAAAGAAAAAGCGAACGGCCAAGCAGUUCUGCUGUGUUCCUCAGUGCGUGCCAGCGAGAUGGAAGGAUAGCGAUAUUUCCGUUCACGCACUUCCCUCCGAGUGGAAAGGCUGAAGCCGCAGAACCAGGUGGAUCGCUAACCUCCGCAUCGGCAAGGCUGUGACGCUUACAGUGACUGUUUGCUCACGGCAUUUUGCACGGGAUAAUUUCUCCUUACCAGAUGUAGCAUGUCAAAGACAGCGGCUGAAAAAAAUGCAGUACCAACUGAAAACCUGCCAAGGACGUCAUGUUAUGAUGAGAACAAGGAUGCUCAUAUGAAAGAGCUUUCACUGGCAAGACUUCGCCGACGUGUGUAUCGGUCAGCCAGAAAUGAAUCAAGCAAAGAAACUGUUGCCUCCCCAUUAGAAGCAAAGGUGUUGCCCCAUGCACCUGUCAGCACGACCACCAUGGACGAUCUCCCAUCCCCUGACCGCAACAGCAUGGACCAAACAAGUGACAAAGGAAAUAUGGAAUGUGCUUGCCAACCUGGCCUCCGGACAAUAAUGGCAGAGUACUCAAGAGAAGAAAAAGACGUGGCAAAUUUCCUACUAGAAAUGGCUUCACGGACAAGGCUUACAGAAAGCAAGGCUGCCCAAGUGACAUCGGUACUUUUCCACAGAAGUUUGUGAACACGAUAAAUAGUAGCAACGUAAAUACGUUCACAGGCCUGCCAUCAUUCGGUGUUCUGAAUGCUCGUGUGACGUGCUACACAAAAAUUCAUCCACUUUCAGGACGGCACUAGUUAUGUGUAAAAACAAUUGCAUUGACAUUGGUGAAAUUGAAGCAUAUUUCCACUGCAUUCUUGAGUCACCUUUUUAACUGUUCUCUAACUACAUGUAGCAACAUAAUUGCAGAGACUGCUCAGUUGAUGUGUGAAAUUUUAAAUGUAACUGUGGCUGUGCCACCAAAGGAUGAAUUCCAGUGGCACGUUUGCAUAUUCGGCAUUAGGUGAUUCACCUGAAGUCGUGCCAUGGCUGGCGAUAUUGCAAGUAGCCUGUACUGCAUAGAGGCAUUUGUGCGUGUGACCUUGGCUCCAUCAAAGCGUGGCGGCCUUGAGAGUAAGUGCGGUCUUCUGUUUGGAAAUCCAGCAUUUAUUAUGCCACUCAGCCACUUCAUACUUUUCAAGACACGGUCGUUGCCAUGUGAUCUACAUGCUGCACUUGUUUGCAUUGGCCAAACCUGCAGACUUCAACUUCAACACACUUUUUGUAAAUUAGCAAUGCACAUUCUUUUGCAACUUGUAUUCUUCAUUGAAGUGCUGAUUUACACUACGCAUUCUGAUGCAAGUUUUCAUCUUAUGGUAUUCCGAGAUAUUUGCAGUUCACUUAUGAUCUGUGUGCAUAGAGUUGUGGUUAUUCUUCAAUGGCUGUUUGUUGUCCCUUUCCUUACUUGUAUUUUUUCACAAAAUAAACCACAUGCACUCAA